GGCAAACAGAUCUGCUCGCGAUAUGGUGCUGCCAGAACUGCGCCCUCUAACCUCGAAACUCCGCGUUAAUUACAACGCUUGACUGUUGCAGUCAUCGUCGUCUCGCAUGCUGCAACUGCAGGAGGCCAACUAAGCCCCCGUUGCGAACCCGAAGAUAAUUGGGCAACAUGUCUCAACAUCGCGGGCGUAACGCUUUCUACGAACAAACACGAAGCGAUCUACGACGCACUUUGGACUGGAGUGGUCCGCGACACGCUUGCCACACAAGAUGUCCCCUAAAUAUAGUACCGACUGAAUGUAUAUCAUGCAUCUUUCCACACGUUCUUCUCACAAUUAUAUGGACUACCAUCACUCCUGUUCCACCAUCAUAUAAUCAUACGAUUCCAGCGAUGAAUCUUGCCUGCAUUACUUGCCUUCAAACAUGGCCUUCGUGGAUGUCUCGCGAUGAGCAUGUAGCUGCUAAGUCUCACCAGGCUCCUAAAUUCGGAUGCGACACAUGCGACUGUUAAAAGAUCAUCAAGCGGCGAGUGAACUCCGAUUUCUCCGGGCACGGGAAUGCUUUUGCCCAUCUGACUGGGUUCGAGCCAAACCAGAACUGCUUAGAUAAGCUCAA